AUGUCCGGAAUGACAAUUCUGAGAAACGGAAUCCGAAAUCCGGAAUCCGGAAUGACAAUUCUGAGAAACGGAAUCCGAAAUCCGGAAUCCGGAAUGACAAUUCUGAGAAACGGAAUCCGAAAUCCGGAAUCCGGAAUGACAAUUCUGAGAAACGGAAUCCGAAAUCCGGAAUCCGGAAUGACAAUUCUGAGAAACGGAAUCCGAAAUCCGGAAUCCGGAAUGACAAUUCUGAGAAACGGAAUCCGAAAUCCGGAAUCCGGAAUAGUAUAA